GCUAGGAAGUUCGUCACAAUUUGCUUUUGGAAUUGAGGCUCUCGAGCUGUAUAUUCGCUUUAAUUUCUCGUGUGGUUCAGAACUUGUUUGGGUUUAAAUCCAGCUUAGAACUGCGAAUGCAAAUAUCCGAAUUGAUAAACAUUUAAUUGAGAUUCUUGUUAAUCGUUAUUAUUGUUCCGGAUUUCGUUUAGACAGUGCAACUUGUGUCGAAAUGAGUGUGGAGGCGUACGGGCCGAGCUCUCAAACCCUCACCUUCCUGGACACCGAGGAAGCGGAGCUGCUUGGAGCAGAUACCCAGGGCUCGGAAUACGAAUUUACCGAUUUCACCCUACCAAGUCAGACGCAAACUCAAGGACAAACCCAAAGCCAGUUGGACAAUCAGGUGAAUGGUCCUGAUGAUGGUCUUCACAAUGGAGGUGUGGAUGACUCUGUUGCCAAGGCAAGCCAACUCCUUGCUGAGCUGAACUUUGAAGAGGACGAAGAAGAUACCUACUACACCAAAGACCUCCCAUUGCACGCGUGCAGUUACUGUGGUAUUCAUGAUCCUGCAUGUGUGGUGUACUGCAACACGAGCAAGAAAUGGUUCUGCAAUGGACGUGGCAAUACAUCUGGCAGCCACAUCGUGAACCACCUGGUGAGGGCGAAGUGCAAAGAGGUGACGCUGCACAAAGACGGGCCGCUGGGCGAGACGGUGCUGGAGUGCUACAACUGUGGCUGUCGCAAUGUCUUCCUCCUGGGCUUCAUCCCAGCCAAGGCGGACUCUGUGGUCGUGCUGCUGUGCAGGCAGCCAUGUGCCAGCCAGAGCAGUCUGAAGGACAUCAACUGGGACAGCUCCCAGUGGCAGCCACUCAUCCAGGACCGGUGCUUCCUAUCCUGGCUGGUAAAGAUCCCCUCUGAGCAGGAACAGCUGAGGGCUCGCCAGAUCACUGCCCAGCAGAUCAACAAGCUGGAAGAGCUCUGGAAGGACAACCCCACAGCCACCCUGGAGGACCUGGAGAAGCCCGGGGUGGACGAGGAGCCCCAGCACGUGUUGCUGCGCUACGAGGACGCCUACCAGUACCAGAACAUCUUCGGGCCCCUCGUCAAACUGGAGGCCGACUACGACAAAAAGCUUAAAGAGUCCCAGACCCAAGACAAUAUAACAGUCAGGUGGGACCUGGGACUGAAUAAAAAGCGGAUUGCUUAUUUCACACUGCCCAAGACGGACUCAGGUGAUAUGCGCCUGAUGCAGGGAGAUGAGAUUUGUCUGCGCUACAAAGGAGACCUGGCCCCACUGUGGAAAGGCAUCGGCCACGUGAUCAAAGUCCCUGACACACCCUUUGUGAAAGACUAUGGAGAUGAGAUUGCUAUUGAGUUGCGCAGCAGCGUCGGAGCCCCGGUGGAGAUACCCCAUAAUUUCCAGGUGGAUUUCGUCUGGAAGUCCACUUCCUUUGACAGGAUGCAGAGCGCCCUGAAGACGUUUGCCGUGGACGAGACAUCCGUCUCAGGCUACAUCUACCACAAGCUGCUGGGCCACGAGGUGGAGGACGUCAUCAUCAAGUGUCAGCUGCCCAAGCGCUUCACUGCCCAAGGUCUGCCUGACCUCAACCACUCCCAGGUGUAUGCAGUGAAGACUGUGCUGCAGAGGCCCUUGAGCCUCAUCCAGGGGCCCCCGGGCACAGGGAAGACUGUCACCUCUGCCACCAUAGUGUACCACCUCGCCAGGCAGGGCAACGGGCCGGUGCUGGUGUGCGCUCCCAGCAACAUCGCCGUGGACCAGCUGACUGAGAAGAUCCACCAGACGGGCCUGAAGGUGGUGCGGCUCUGUGCCAAGAGCAGGGAGGCCAUCGACUCACCCGUCUCCUUCCUGGCCCUCCACAACCAGAUCAGCAACAUGGACAGUAUGCCAGAGCUGCAGAAGCUCCAGCAGCUGAAGGAUGAGACCGGAGAGCUGUCAUCCGCAGACGAGAAGCGCUACCGGGCCCUGAAGCGCACUGCGGAGCGGGAGCUGCUCAUGAAUGCUGAUGUGAUCUGCUGCACCUGUGUGGGCGCCGGGGACCCCCGCCUGGCCAAGAUGCAGUUCCGCUCCAUCCUGAUCGACGAGAGCACACAGGCCACGGAGCCCGAGUGCAUGGUCCCUGUGGUGCUGGGGGCCAAACAGCUCAUUCUUGUGGGAGACCACUGCCAGCUGGGCCCGGUGGUCAUGUGUAAGAAGGCGGCCAAAGCAGGCCUGUCCCAGUCCCUGUUUGAGCGUCUGGUGGUUCUGGGCAUCAGGCCCAUCCGUCUGCAGGUGCAGUACCGCAUGCACCCGGCGCUCAGCGCGUUCCCCUCCAACAUCUUCUACGAGGGCUCCCUGCAGAACGGAGUCACUGCUGCGGACCGUAUCAAGAAAGGUUUUGACUUCCAGUGGCCGCAACCAGACAAGCCCAUGUACUUCUAUGUGACCCAAGGCCAGGAGGAAAUUGCCAGCUCUGGAACUUCUUACCUGAACAGGACUGAGGCAGCCAAUGUGGAGAAGAUCACCACCAGGCUGCUGAAGGCGGGAGCCAAGCCCGACCAGAUAGGCAUCAUCACCCCGUACGAGGGGCAGCGGUCCUACCUGGUCCAGUACAUGCAGUUCAGCGGCUCUCUCCACACCAAACUCUACCAGGAGGUUGAGAUUGCCAGCGUUGAUGCCUUCCAAGGCAGAGAGAAAGAUUUCAUCAUCCUGUCUUGUGUCCGAGCCAAUGAACACCAGGGAAUCGGUUUCCUCAACGAUCCGCGCCGACUGAACGUGGCUCUCACUCGAGCAAGGUAUGGUGUGAUCAUCGUGGGGAACCCCAAGGCCCUGUCCAAGCAGCCCCUGUGGAACCACCUGCUGAACUACUACAAGGAGCAGAAGGUGCUGGUGGAAGGACCCCUCAACAACCUGAGGGAGAGCCUCAUGCAGUUCAGCAAGCCCCGCAAGCUGGUCAACACCAUCAACCCUAUAUGUGUUGCUCCCCAGGGAGGGCGUUUCAUGAGCACUGCCAUGUACGACGCCCGCGAGGCCCUCAUCCCAGGGUCGGCCUACGACCGCAGCAGCGCAGCGCGGGGUCCAUCCAACAUGUACUUCCAGACCCAUGACCAGAUAGGCAUGAUCGGAGCUGGGCCAGGGCACAUGGGAGCUAUGAACCUCCCUAUCCCCUUCAACUUGGUCAUGCCCCCCAUGCCUCCACCAGGAUAUUUGGGCCAGACCAAUGGUCCUGCAGCAGGUCGCGGGGCUCUGAAGGGCAAGGUCGGACGUGGCGGGCGCCAGAGGAACCGUGGCAUGGGUAACCAUGGCACCGGGCAGGGCAACGGGCCCAACAGCCAGGCCAGCCAGGAUGGGUCUUCCCAGCCCUUCUCCCAGGGGCCCCUCACACAGGGCUACAUAUCCAUGAGCCAGCCCUCGCAGAUGAGCCAGCCCGGCCUCUCCCAGCCUGAGCUGUCCCAGGACAGCUACUUAGGCGAUGAAUUCAAAUCCCAGAUUGACGUGGCUUUGUCCCAAGACUCUACUUACCAGGGCGAGCGUGCAUACCAACAUGGUGGGGUGACUGGACUGUCACAGUACUAGAGUGUUGUUGGAAGAGGGGAGCUAGGCUUCAGCAGAGCUUAGUUCGUCAGCAUUUUAAUCUGGGUAAUGAUAAAAA